CCACUGCAUGCACUCAAGGGCCUUAGAGAGCCCUGACUUAGCAGCAAUUGGGUUUUCUCAAGCCAGGUGGAAGCUAAACCCCAAGGAGCUGAAAAAAGAAGAAGCUCGCUAUGGCUCCAGCCCCCUGGCUAUGCUAACAGCCACCUGCAAUAAAUUUGGAGGCUCCAGCCCAAUCCGGGAUUCGGCCACGCCUGGGAAAGUGGGGAACCCUUUGGGGAAGAAGCUGUACCAGCUGGGAGCCGAGCAGUCCAGCCCCAAGCUCCGCAGCUCCGAGGCCAUGGGAGAUUCCUACACGGCCGCCUUCCCCAGUGGGAACGGGCUGAUGUCCCCCUCGGCCAGCCCGCAAGCCUCCACCACCUACGGCAACGACUACAGCCCCUUCUCUCACUCCUUUCCAGCUUCCUCCGGCUCUCAGGACCCCUCGUCCCUCCUAGUGUCCAAGGGCCACCCCUCGGCCGAGUGCCUUCCCAGCGUCUACACCUCCUUGGAUAUGGCGCACCCUUACGGCUCCUGGUACAAAGCCGGGAUCCAUCCUGGAAUCUCCAGCAGCUCCAGCAAUGCCACAGCCUCCUGGUGGGACGUGCACUCCAAUACCAACUGGCUGAGUGCCCAGCCCCAGUCGGACGGCCUCCAGGGCUCCCUUCAGCCUGUGCCGGCCCAGACAUCCCUGAGCCCUCAGCUGCCAAGCUACAGCUCCGACUUCACCACCUUGAACCCUGCCUCAUACCCGGCCGUGGGCAUCACCUCCUCCUCUCACCUCCUCCCUUCCGGCCAACACAUGCUGUCCCAGGAGAUGUACAAGCCCAAGCCCGUGGCCAACAACUCCCUGAUGGAAGGUGGGAUCGGACUGAAGGCCCCGCGUGGCGGCACCUUCAGCAGCACCACCGGCCGCUCGACGUGCGACUGCCCCAACUGCCAGGAGCUGGAGCGGCUUGGGGCCUCAGCCGCCAGCCUGCGGAAGAAGCCCAUCCACAGCUGCCACAUCCCGGGCUGCGGGAAGGUCUACGGCAAGGCCUCCCACCUCAAGGCCCACCUGCGGUGGCACACGGGUGAGCGCCCCUUCGUCUGCAACUGGCUCUUCUGUGGCAAGCGCUUCACCCGCUCAGACGAGCUGGAGCGUCACGUCCGCACCCACACCCGGGAGAAGAAGUUCACCUGCCUGCUCUGCAACAAGAGGUUCACCCGCAGCGACCACCUCAGCAAGCACCAGAAGACCCACACCGAGAUGGGGGCGGCCAAGCCCGCCGAUGGUGAAGCCGAGAGGGAGGAGACGACCACUGGCGGUGGCUCUCCAGGCGCGGCCUUGCAGGACGGGCUCGCCAACGACGACAAAGACACCACCAGCCCUGAGCAAAGCAGCUUGUUGGAGAUCUAAGCUGGGGUGGAGCUUCUCCUCCAGCCUCCUCGUCUUCCUCCUCCUGUUUAGUUCCCCCUCUCGCUGAGAUAAUUUAUUUCCGGGGGGGAAGUGGCGGCUCAGAUGCAGACACCUAUUGGGUUCUUGGACAGGAUUCCCUUGGAACCCUUGCUUUCUGCUCCACCCAGGCAUGGGAGAGUUAAAUGACCGUGAUGCAAAGUCACAUGGAGCAGGGGCUGGGAUUUGAACCUAGUCUCCAGGUCAUGUUGUUUUCUUUGCCGUGAAUAGGCCUACUGAGCCUUUUGUCCUACCUGGCCGGGAUGGCUCACAAAGCCACUGGCACCGUCUUCCUGAGGAGUUACUCAAGCUUGACCAAGGUGUGUGUGGGAGGAAUCAUCUCCCACUUGGGGCAACCCAGUGAGGGCCUGAUCCUGGGCGCUGGGAACCUGAUCCUGUAAAGCCGAUGGAACUACUCAUGAGUUUGGUGUUCGGCGGGUGCAUGGAUGGAUUGGGGCCCUGGAACUCAGCCCCCACCAGGAUCUGGCCCUAAAUGGUGCAUCAGAACCUUUGCCCUCAGGUCAGAGGGGGCAGGGGAGGAUACAAAUAACCCAUGUCGUCCUCCACCCACUUUACAAAGGAGGGGCACCAGUCACCCUGCGGAGAUACCAAGAGGAGCUUCCACCUUCCCCUCCCCCCAGUGUAUUUAAUCUAUAAAUGUAAGAAUUAUAUUUAUGUCUUAAGUUAUGAUGAUGAGUUAAGGGAGCGGGGUGGAGGGGGUUUUCAAGAGACCUUUGUGUUUAAAACACAGGAGGGGUCGUCUUUUAACGAGGGGCUCCCUGUUAAUCGGUCGUCUCUCUUGACAGGGCCUCUGUGAUAAAGUUGACCUGCAUUUAGCCUUGGGCUCUUUUUGGUUUUUGCUUCUUUAUGAUGGAGGGAAAAUACAACAACCGUGAAUAUUCCCCCCUUCCCCCUCUUAAAAACCGUUUUUAAAAAAAUUCUCCUUAGUUUUUUACCUUAUUAAUAUCAGGAGUUUUAAAAAUAGCUCAGGGACAGAUUUCCAGUUCUUCAGCACGCACAAUCCGGGCCAGAUUAACAAAGGAGCUCAGCACCCAUACAGGGAUAGGCACAUAAGUAAAGUCCUCAGCACCCAACCUGCCCCAUACGUUUAGGUGCCUAAAUAAGAACUGAGCUCUUUUGUAAAUUUCAAUCAUAAAGUCUGAUCUUCCGUGGUGUUAUUUUUUUGCUAGGUGACCUUUGGGAGGUCUCAGGGAUGUGUACUGUGAGCAGGAAUAACUUAAAGGGGCGGUUUAUUAACAAAGAAUUCCUUUCUCCAGAAUGUUAGUUAGGCAUCAGAGUCAAACAGGUGCUGACAAAGACAAGAGUUUUCACAGUCUGUCUAAAAAAAUCCCUACCUGUUUAAUUGCUCAGCUCUUGUGAUGUCACUAUUUCACUAGAUCUCCGGUCACCAUAGAGUCUUCCAGCCUAGACAGGACCUGAAUUAGGGAUGUAGGACUGAAACGGACCUCCCAGGUCAUCAAGUCCAGUCCCCUAUUUUCACAGGCAACCCUGGCAGUUAAUCCCCUUCAUACACGUAUUAAGCACCAUCUUAAAACUAGUUAGGGUGUUUGCUCCCACUGCCUCGCCUGACAACUCCAGACUGUAAACACGUUAGGACAGGGAUUAGCUUUUGCUUUGUAGCUGGGCAGCGCCCUGCACAAUGGGGCUGCAGUUCUGCCUGGGCCUAUGGGU